AUGCGACAAUGGGCAGUACCUCUUGCUUGUUGGAUCAAAGGCCUUGAGUACCUUGAAUUCUCUGGCAGCGACCUUGGCGAUCCAUCCGUGGGGAAUGAGUUCUGCAAGCGGCUGGCGACCGAGGGGAAACCAAGUUGCCUUAAUGCUAGGGUGUCGACAAUAAGUAAGGAGGCUCCGAUUGGGGUGGAGGAGCUGGUGAUCUCGAGGAGCAUUUAUGAUGUGGAUUUCUACCUCAUGAGCGACAGCACCACUGACAACGCCGACACGCUGUUUUGGCCCGUGAAAGUCGGAAAAAGUGCCAUCGUGUUGCGCAACUACAAUAAUAGCUACUUCUGGAAGCGGCUGGCGACCGAGGGGAAACCAAGUUGCCUUAAUGCUGGGGUGUCGACAAUAAGUAAGGAGGCCCGGAUUGGGGUGGAGGAGCUGGUGAUCUCGAGGAGCAUUUAUGAUGUGGAUUUCGACCUCAUGAGCGACAGCACCACUGACAACGCCGACACGCUGUUUUGGCCCGUGAAAGUCGGGAAAAGUGCCAUCGUGUUGCGCAACUACAACAAUAGCUACUUCUGCAAGCGGCUGGCGACCGAGGGGAAACCAAGUUGCCUUAGUGCUGGGGUGUCGACAAUAAGUAAGGAGGCCCGGAUUGGGGUGGAGGAGCUGGUGAUCUCGAGGAGCAUUUAUGAUGUGGAUUUCUACCUCAUGAGCGACAGCACCACUGACAACGCCGACACGCUGUUUUGGCCCGUGAAAGUCGGGAAAAGUGUUAUCGUGUUGCGCAACUACAACAAUAGCUACUUCUGCAAGCGGCUGGCGAUCGAGGGGAAACCAAGUUGCCUUAAUGCUGGGGUGCCGACAAUAAGUAAGGAGGCCCGGAUUGGGGUGGAGGAGUUGGUGAUCUCGAGGAGCAUUUAUGAUGUGGAUUUCUACCUCAUGAGCGACAACACCACUGAAGACGCCGACACGCUGUUUUGGCCCGUGAAAGUCGGGAAAAGUGCCAUCGUGUUGCGCAACUACAACAAUAGCUACUUCUGCAAGCGGCUGGCGACCGAGGGGAAACCAAGUUGCCUUAAUGCUGGGGUGUCGACAAUAAGUAAGGAGGCCCGGAUUGGGGUGGAGGAGCUGGUGAUCUCGAGGAGCAUUUAUGAUGUGGAUUUCUACCUCAUGAGCACCACUGACAACGCCGACACGCUGUUUUGGCCCGUGAAAGUCGGGAAAAGUGCCAUCGUGUUGCGCAACUACAACAAUAGCUACUUCUGCAAGCGGCUGGCGACCAAGGGGAAACCAAGUUGCCUUAAUGCUGGGGUGUCGACAAUAAGUAAGGAGGCCCGGAUUGGGGUGGAGGAGUUGGUGAUCUCGAGGAGCAUUUAUGAUGUGGAUUUCUACCUCACGAGCGACAGCACCACUGACAACGCCGACACGCUGUUUUGGCCCGUGAAAGUCGGGAAAAGUGUCAUCGUGUUGCGCAACUACAACAAUAGCUACUUCUGCAAGCGGUUGGCGAUCGAGGGGAAACCAAGUUGCCUUAAUGCUGGGGUGCCGACAAUAAGUAAGGAGGCCCGGAUUGGGGUGGAGGAGUUGGUGAUCUCGAGGAGCAUUUAUGAUGUGGAUUUCUACCUCAUGAGGCCCAAUUGGAUUUGGGGCGACUCCAGCGAAAACACCACUGAAGACGCCGACACGCUGUUUUGGCCCGUGAAAGUCGGGAAAAGUGCCAUCGUGUUGCGCAACUACAACAAUAGCUACUUCUGCAAGCGGCUGGCGACCGAGGGGAAACCAAGUUGCCUUAAUGCUGGGGUGUCGACAAUAAGUAAGGAGGCCCGGAUUGGGGUGGAGGAGCUGGUGAUCUCGAGGAGCAUUUAUGAUGUGGAUUUCUACCUCAUGAGCGAUAGCACCACUGACAACGCCGACACACUGUUUUGGCCCGUGAAAGUCGGGAAAAGUGCCAUCGUGUUGCGCAACUACAACAAUAGCUACUUCUGCAAGCGGCUGGCGACCGAGUGGAAACCAAGUUGCCUUAAUGCUGGGGUGUCGACAAUAAUUAAGGAGGUCCGGAUUGGGGUGGAGGAGUUGGUGAUCUCGAGGAGCAUUUAUGAUGUGGAUUUCUACCUCAUGAGGUCUUUACGAAAGCAUCCGGAUUAA